AUGUGUGCUGCUGGUCCCACAGGUGGUCUGAUUCCUCCCGAUGCCACGCUGGUGUAUGAUGUUCUGCUGGACAUAUGGAACGCUGAGGACAAGGUCGAGAUCCGCACAAUCAGCAAACCUGCGAUCUGCAAGCGCACUACUGUGGCGUCUGAUUUUAUCCGUUACCACUAUAACGGCACGCUGCUGUCUGGUGAAGCGUUUGAUUCCAGUUACUCAAGAAAUACAACUUAUGACACCUACUUGGGGCAGGGUGACCUCAUUAAAGGAAUAGAUGAUGGUCUUGUGGGCAUGUGUGUUGGAGAGAGACGAAUCAUCAUUGUCCCACCGUUUUUGGCCUAUGGAGAGACCGGUCAUGGAACCAAGAUCCCCCCACAGGCAACACUUGUGUCUGAGGUGCUGUUAGUUGAUGUAUUUAAUCCUAAGGAUGAUGUGACUGCAGAAGUGACAAAGAUGCCUAAAAACUGCUCACGGAGGACAGUCGCUGGGGACUAUAUCCGCUACCACUAUAACGGCACCUUCCAGGACGGCACGUUCUUUGACUCCAGCUACCAGCGAAAUAGCACCUACAACACAUACAUCGGAAUGGGAUACGUGAUCCACGGGAUGGAUAAAGCUCUGCAGGGGCUCUGCACUGGGGAGAAAAGGAGAAUUACAAUUCCUCCUCACAUGGCAUAUGGCGAAAAAGGAGCUGGAAACCUCAUUCCUGGCUCUGCCGUGCUGAUCUUUGACAUCCACGUCAUUGACUUCCACAACCCCAAAGAUACAGUUAAGAUCAGAGUCACCCACAAGCCUGAGGAAUGUAACACGACCAGCGAAGCCGACGACUUGAUUCACUAUCGCUACAACUGUUCCCUGAUGGACGGCACACUUCUGUACUCCUCGGACCAGUUAGACUCACCUUCAGUCACAACUCUGGGAGCCAGUAAGGUGAUCAUGGGUCUGGAGGAAGGUUUAAAAGGCAUGUGUGUGGGUGAGAGGAGAGAAGUGGUGAUCCCUCCACACUGGGCUCAUGGUGAAGAUGGAGCUGUAGGAGUUCCUGGAAGUGCAGUGCUGCUUUUUGAACUGGAGCUAGUGCAGCUGCAGAAAGGUGUGCCAGAAGGCUUCAUGUUUGUCUGGCUUGGAGACAUCCCUGAUCCCCUCUUCAAUGCUCUUGACCUCAAUGGGGACAAACGGGUCCCUCUAGAGGAGUUUUCAGAGUUCCUCAGGCUGCAAGUCAAAGAGGGCAAAGGUCGACUUCGACCGGGUGUCGACAUUGACAGCAUCAUCAAAGACAUGUUUGAUAAUCAGGACCAGAAUAAAGAUGGGAAAAUUGUAGAAGAUGAACUUAAAAUUAAGAAUGAGGAUUCUAAACAAGUGAGGCGAGAUGAGCUAUGAACUGUGAAGGACAAAGAAACUGGUAAUGUUGUCCUCUAGACAAUUAUUGAACAAGAAAGUUUUGAAACAUUAAUUAAAUAAAAAAGUAAUUUUGCUACUCAAAUUUAAACC